CCUGAUUUUAACAGGAAGAACAUCCUCUUUAUGAAUAAACAACUUUCGAUUGGUUCUCAAAUGUACUGAUAAAACACAUUGGAAGAAAUAACAGAACUAAUUACUGCGGCAUGUUUUGGAAUAGUCAAUCACUGGAUAUAAAUCACCGUCGAACAGCGAUCAUGCAACUACAUUUCAGCUUCCUUAUAAGAAUGUAGUGGAACUUCGACUACCUCUUUUCCUUAAGAGAACUGCACACCUCUCCCUAAAUCAAAGGGAAGAGGGAAUAUGGAGUGAACGAAAACCUUGAAUUGAACUGUCUUCAUGGACUGGGAUCUAUAAGCUAUUCUACCUGAGAAUUCCUGGGGUAUUCUCCACAAAAAUCAUAAAUAUUGGUUCAUGAAAAUUUGAAAGUUGACUUCAUCGGACCGUGCUCAAAGACAACCAGUGACAACCAGUUCUUGCCGCGGACAUCAGGAGAUGCGAUGAACGGUAGUGAUUUAGGUUUUGGACAAAGGGAAAAUUGACUUCGUCUGGUAUAUUCUGACACAAUAUAGCAAAUCAACUCGUGGUAUGUCAUGCAGCCUCAUAUAGUAACCCGAACAUGAACCGGAACCAAUGAAACGUAGCCAUCUUCGACAAACUUGCUUUGGCUUAAAAGAACAUUUUUUCAUCAUCUAAAUCUCAAUUUAGUAUAAAAUGUUCUGUAUAAAUAAAUUAUGUUGAGAAAUCGGGUAUAUAGUACAUAUUUAUUAUAGGCAUAUACUUUGAGACAUUUUCCCCGGUAUCAUAUCUAUAAAAUAGAAAAAUAGGCGUAAUGGCUUCGCUUGAUCAUCUGGUAUCACACACUCUGCAGUGCCCCAUUUGCUUCGAACUUCUGAAUGAUCCUAAGCAGUUAUCUUGCACGCACUCGUUUUGUACGAAAUGCCUUAAUGAUUUGUUGUCAUUUUCUUCACAAAGUGAGGCUGACGUUUUAACAUGUCCAGUAUGUCAAACCACGACGGCUGCCGUUGGUGGCGGUGUAGCAAAUCUAAAUACGAACGUUCCUCUCAAGUGUCUCGUUGAAGAUUAUAGAAAUAGAAAGGGGCUUUGUGGAAUGUGCGACAAAAAAGCCAGAGCCAAGCUUUACUGCUGUGACUGUGGAAAGGAUAUGUGUAAAGCAUGUCUCAAAAUUCAUAACAAAUGGUCUCCCAAUCUCAAGCAUGAAGUUGUGAAAGUAGAGGAUAUCAGAGAGAACAGAGUGUUCUUAAAGAAGAAGGUCUACUGUCAAGAGCACAAAUCAGAUGGACAGGAACAUGUAUGUACCGAUGUGUGCACUACUUGCAAGAAGUUCAUUUGCAUUAGAUGUCGGAUGUUGUACCAUGAAAAGAAAGGCCACUCUGUUCUAGAUGCUGAAGAGUACAAUAAUUCUAUCAGGAGAGAAAUCGAGUACCUAGUAGACCAGGGUAAGACGAAAGCUACGACCAUCAAAAACCACGUGACGCAUGUUGAGAGUCAGAUGAGUCGUGCCAUUGAUCACACUGACGUCAUACAAGCUCAAAUCAACAAGGCUUAUGACGAACUGAGCAGAAGAUUAAAAGAGAGGAAAGCAGCGCUAGAUUGGCAGUUGUACGUUCAGAAAAAGGAACUUCGCCGGAAAUUAGAGGAAAUGAAAGAUGCCAGUGAAAGGGUAGUUGUCAAUAUCGAGAGCGCCAGUGAGCUGGCAGGCUACAGUUUGAAGGCUCCACUUGGAAGGCACAUCAUUGCUAUUCGUGAUUCGCUGUCUGGUGAAUUAAAGAAUGUACUUGACAAGGAUGAUCCCAAAGAGAAACUUGCUAGUGACAUAGCAAAGAGUGCAGAGGAAAUAACAUUCAUACCCCAUAGUCAGAGUGAUGAGCUGGAGAUCGGUGAAAUCCGGAUCGUAAAAUGUCACCUGAAAUGUGACGUAGAUCUUACAAAGGAAAGCAGUAUGAACGCCAUGGCUGCUACACCAGACGGGAUGAUGGCAGUGGGAUACAGUACAGGAGGAAUCGAUAUCUUCUCUGCUGAUGGUCAGCUGCAGAAGACAGUCCUCAAGGAUGUUAAUGCUCUAGGGGCGGGAUUCCUGUCUGAUGGUCGAUUUGUUGUACUGACCACAAGUAACAGCAUCAUACUGUACACAUCAGAAUGGAAGAUGCUGGAUGUACGGUUUGAGACUCUGGGUCUUGAUGAAGGCGGCAUCGCUGACCUCACCAUUGACGGUCAUGAUCAAAUCUAUGUCAGCUACAGGACAGCUAAAAAGAUCCAGGAGUUUGCACCAGCUGGUGGGAAGGCCAUCAGAGAGAUACCUUGCGAUGGGUAUGAGCCUGAGCAGAUCAGUAGCUUUGAAAAUGAUGGAUUCGUAACGAAAUCAAGCAAAGGUUCAACGUGUUCGAUACGUGUCAUCGAUGCUCAAGGCGCUAAAAAGCACAUAGUAUCGAACGAGAGCAGUGAUUACCUCCUCCAUGCAACUGUUUCUCAUGAGCAAUCUGUCCUCAUCUGUUCAGUCAAGAUUGAUGAGGGAUUGGUUAUUAUCGAAGAGUACAGUAACGAGUUGACUCUCAUCAAGAUCCUCGUCUAUCACAAGAUUGAGAAACAUGAGAGAUUCUGGUACUACUUUCAGCAGUUCCGAUCAGGAGAGAUUGCUUUCUGUACGCCAGACAGACUUUAUAUCUUCGAAUAGUACGUUAAUAAAAUCAAUGCCGGUUGUGUUCAUGUUCAUGUGAUUCAUGAGCUUUUCAUUCCGUAAGGCAGCUUCACUAAGUUGAUCCUCUUUUAUUCAGACCGUAAUACUUGGAUAAAGACAUUUUUCUGUUGAUUCCUGUUCGUACCUUUGGAAAGGGCCUCAAUAAAGCUACUUACAUCCACUGGAGAUCACGACUGUGACCUUACUUAGGAUCCAUAUCUGAAGCUCCUGGACAGAUCUCAUCGUCAUUUUUGGACUCAUAUGACAUGACUUAGUAAGUCAUGUUCUGCCUACAUGUAUGUGAAUUUAUUAAAGGACUUUGUCGUUAGCGCAUCAUCGUCGGUCGCCGUCCGAUUAACUUGCAAUGUGAGGAUCACACUGGAGACGGGCAUAUAAAUAAUAUGUUUACUGCUCGUUCCUAAAUGGUAAAAUUGUGUUGUUUCGAGCCGUUCUUGAGGGUUCUGUUCUGUCAGCCAGCCUGCUUCAGAGUCGACAAAGGCUUCAUAGGUUAGCAAGUUCAUCGGGUGCAUCCUCCCAUAACCUACUGUUCCGACAUAGAGCUAUAGCUUUCAAAUAGCACAGCCUUAUAUUUCAGCUGUGGUCGGUCAUGCCCCUCUUCUCGAAGUAAUUUCACUCUAGAGGAUGUUUUUUGGUAUGACCGUCCUCUGUUCCAUACGUAGCUGAGCCAAACUGCUAAUGUCAAAUACACCCAUCACACCAACGAUACCGAGACACCGACACCAGACCAACAAUAGACCGAACAAAACAUUAUACUACCCCUCAGGUAGCAAGAAUCGGUCGGCGUGGCGUAGAUUUGGACACGCUUUAGCGGUAUGACAGAAGUAAAAAAGAACAAAUUGCAGCACCGGUAAAGGGCCUCCCCCCUUUGGAAUACUGUCCCACCGUAAGAUCUGAAGAUUACGUCAAUUGCAACACAGUUGUUAAUCUCCUACUUUGUUUCUAGCGUAUGCUAUUUUACUUAGUGGAUGAAGAAGAAUGAUUACACAUCCGUCCUGAUCUUGGUUGAUGGUAUGAUAGGUGCACGAACCUUUCCCAAUGCUUUCGUUGACUUAUCCACCUAAGUCAUUACUGUUAUACUCUGCAAUAUCUUUUGGCAGAAGUAAUAUUUUGAGCUCAUACUUUGAAUACAGUGUACUUACAUUGAACCCCUAACAUCAAGAGCAAAAUAUGACACUAUACAGUUAUAUAGCACUUUAAGAUUUUUGUACCGUGAGCGGGAAAGAUUGUUUCAAAUGUAAUUAUGUCGAUUUAUAUUGAUAAUGCUUUACUAGAUAUUAUUAAAAUUGAUAUACAGUACUGUGUAACUUAAUUUAUCAGGGAAGUACUUGUGAUUAUUUCAAUGUGUACACUAUAGUGGUGAGAAAAAAAAAUGUAUCGUAAGAAUUAAUGGAAGAACGUAUAUAUAAUUAGGGAGUUGAGAUCCUCCUGAUAUAAUGUAGGAUUGUAAAUACAUCGGUUCCAUCCUAUGUUGAGUACGCUGACAUGAUACUUAGUAAAUGUUCCUGAAAACCUAGAUAAUAUGAUGUCUGUCACAAACGAGACGUCAGUUGGCUAAUGUAGAAAUAUACCAGCAUCUAGCGCAGCUUUCGACACGCUAGGUAUAUGAGUGAUGACGUUUAAAAAGGGAGUGUAACAUAAACAGUGCAAAAAUUGCUAUAUAUGACUUGCUGGCGUAUGGUGUUAUUCUAUCUUCACAGGCUUGGAUAGCGCGGGUAUUAAAGACACUAUUAGAUUAAGAUACAACUUUGUAUCAAUGGAAAGCUGAAUGAACGUAGAAUACAAAUAUAAAGGAAUGAAUAUAUUUUCGAUUUCCUUAUUGCACAAAAGCAGCUUAAAACCUCAAACUUGCCGCAGUUACGAUGAGGACAUAUCACGUGGACCCAAUUGGUCCGUCGGCUCCUUUGUAGCUAAAUUGAUGAGCCGUGCUUAAUUAAAGCAAAACCAUUGGCCCGAAUUCACUUUGUAGACAAACCUAGGUUUAUAUGCGUCAUAUAACGCGUUUUGACGCGUUUCAGACCAAUUAAGCUAGGUUUGUCUGCACCUUGGUCUGAAACGCAUCGAAACGCGUCAAAUAUCGCACAUAAAUCUAGGUUUGUCGACAAACCUCCUUUGUGAAUUAAGGCCAAUGUGAAUAUGUGUACGCCACACAAAAUGAUGUCCUCAAGUCGAUAGCCAGUUUUUAGGUCGACAACUUCCGGUUUUCAAAGCUGUAAAUCUCGAGUUUUCAGAAAGCUGUUACUCCUCUGACAGACGCUGAAAUAGGAUAUAAUUGAUAUUAUAGUGACCUAUGGCUUGUAAGCUUUUCGUUGAUGUAUAAUUCCCCUAUUCAUUUUCUCUUCCGACAUGGUCUUUAGCCCAUUGGAAAAUACACCUCGCAUGAAAGCGGCGUAACAUUAUGUUUUUGACGUACAUAGCGACUCUAAAGGUGAUAUCGUAGAUUCGAAUUUAGUUGAAAAAU